AUGGCGCACAGCUACUUUUCGGCGAUCGACUUCGUCCAGGGCUGCCUGGUGCGGGAGGCCAUCAUCACCAUUGACCAAGUUGCCGUCAUUCUGAGUGACAAGUCUCCGUCGCUGACGUACAAGGACAAGAGCAAGCAGUGCCCAGCCCCGCCGUUCAGCAUGCCGAAACUGACAACGAACCACGCCAUGGUUUCCCCGAAAGAUGCCCCCUCCUUUGAAGGAAGGCUGAUGGGCUUGGACGUACAGAAGAAACUGGCUGAUCUACAGACAAAGGAUGCAGAGUACCUGAACACUGUCAUUGGGAAAUCUAUCGAGCGUUACCAACGGACGAUCGACUUCUACCGCUACCUACUCCAGUCUAUCUCUCGUCCCUGCUCCGAAGAACCAGCCCCUGCAUCGGCUCCAGCUGAAGAGGACCAGGUGCCAGCAUCGCCAUCGCCGGCGGAGAAUGAAUAUGAGCAGUCGAAUUCAUCUAGUUCGCGAUGUACUACUCCCAUCCAACCUGCCACAAUCCAAGAAGUCACCAAAAAACGAGCUUCAGUCGUCGAACUCAACGAACCUGAGUCGCCACGAACAGUGAACACCAUCGACUUUAAAGACGUGUAUCGAGGCGGCACAUCCGCGACAACGCACUUUAUUCUCGACUACGAGCACUCCCUAAAAGCUACGCCAAUGAUCAGUGGUCGCUGGUGGAUUCUGCGCUGUGAGCAAUGCGACUGGCACGGGCUGUCCGAGAGACCUGGGUCAUUCCACAUGGAGCACCAUCCAGAAUUGAGGAUCGACGACCUGGAAUCGGCGAUCGAGACGUUUGGAGUGCUCGUUCGCAAUUGCACACGAGACCUGGCCGACACGAACAAUACCCAUGUCCGCAAAGUGAUGCAAGACCGAGCCUCCGAACCGUCCACGGCACGAGCACGACACAAGAACAAGAGAAGAAAGGUAGUGAAGAUCAGCGUAUCUCCUAGAUCGUUCACAGAACGGCAGUUGAUCACGGACCCUUCUGUCGGAGAGAUGUACCUAGCUGGGUGGUCGGAUGGUAAACUGUAUGGCGCCGUUGCUCUCCCUCUCGGGGACUUCAUGGCCAGAGCCUCCAUCCCAGGCAGCAUGUGGGACUCGGGGCUGCUCUCAAGCGUGCCCAGGUGCUACCGAGUCAACAAAAGGGCGCGUCAUUUCACUUGGGCCGAGGGCUACGAGGACGGCGGUACAAACGUGGGCUUUCGGCAGUUUCCGCUAUUCUACUUUGACAACCCAAAAGUAGAAGACGGACAUGUUGGCUGGGCGUACGCCCACGACCUCCACCCAUUCGACUUGGCCAAGAUAACUUCAGGCCUUACAAGACCUGCCGCCUUGUAUGCCAAGCACUAUCAAAAAGCGAAUCAUACACCGUUUAGUCAUGAGCUUUUUUCGCACCACGAGGGCCAAAUGAAACCUGUUCCUGAACAAAUCCCAAGCCCCAACCACCCGGAAGGAGAGAAGAGCAGCAGCGCCUCUUCCACUCCGCAGACCACCUCGACAGAGGCAGAUACGGACAUGAGCCAUGGCAAGAAAAUAGCUGGCGGUCAAGGCGGUACACCAUCAUCCGAUGGUUUCAGCCACUCUGCCGAGCCCUUGUUCGAUGAAUCCAAGUCUCAACCUGGCACAUCUGAACAGAUCGAAGAUGCGACCUUUGAUAGCCAUACUGAUAAUUCGCCAGGCUCGGCCCACGGUAUCUCCCCACUGCGUGUUGGCAUUGAGCAAAGAAUGCCUCCACCAGAUGCCCGGAUGAUGCCGCACGGAGAGCCUGGACAUGAGGCCAUUGUUCAACCUGUGCAACCAAGAAACUGCCAUCCGUCUUCAACAGUCAAUACCGAAACGUGGCUUAUGUUCCCUGAAACACAUAAUGGGCAGGCUUUCACUGACGCGAUUGAAAACAGUGCCCCCAUACCUCAUAUCUCCAGCCAGCUUUUUACCACCGACGGUUGGAUCAUUCAUCAAAAUGGGGACGAUUAA